AUGUCAGCUUCGGGUGGUAAGUUAUUUGGUGAUGUAACUAAGUAUAGAAGCCUCGUUGGGGCUUUGCAGUAUCUUAGUAUGACCAGGCCUGAUAUUACCUAUGCUGUGAAUCAAGUUAGUCGUUUCAUGCACUCACCAACUGAAGAUCAUUUCAUGGCUGUCAAACGCAUAUUACGUUAUCUUAAAGGUACGCUCGGUAAAGGUUUAUUUCUUCCGAGUACUGCAGCACCAACAUUAUUGGCAUACUCCGACGCUGAUUGGGGUGGUACACCGGAUGACUCUACUUCUACAUCUGGUAGUUGUGUCUUUCUGGGGACAAACCUAAUUUCAUGGUCCAGUAAGAAGCAACCUACUGUAUCAAAAUCAUCUACCGAAGCCGAGUAUAGAGCUAUGUCUAUUGCAACUUCUGAAGUCGCGUGGAUACAAUACUUGCUUACUGAUCUGGGA